UCCAAAUGACCCCCGAGAAAAUUAUUUUCUUUGCCUAGAAAAUCUCUCUCUCGUGGAUGAACCAGUUCAUAUUUAUAUACAUUCACGUGCGUUCCUUCGUCAACCUUGAUUUGUCGGUCAAUCUUUACUCACACAAAGCAAAUAAAUUAUAUCCCCUGGUUAGGGUUCUUCUCAAGAGUUCUUCUGUAUUCACAGAAUUUGUUGAAUUUUUGAGAUAUUGAAUAGGUUCAUCAGUUGAAGUUGAUUGUCUUUUAACAUGGAACUCGCUUUGAGUCUAGGCGAUGCUUCGAAGCCGUUUCCAUCGUUUCUUGACAAGUCUGGAGCGACAAUCUCGAGGAAAGAUCUAGGAUUUUGUAUGGGUUUAAAGAUCAAAGGAGAUGAUGAAGAUGAAGAUCAUGAUCCUGAUCUUCCGGUUCAGCUUGAUCUUCUUCCUUUCUCUCCGGUUCCUCGUAAUCAUCCUCCUCCUCCUUCGAAGCUUCGCCUUCCAUGGCUGAGAGAAAAUGAAACAGACGGGAUGGGAAGUGGGUUGGACGUGAACCGGUUUCCGAUGGCCGUGUCAGUGGAGGAGAAGGAAGCAGAGGAGGGGACGACGGCGCUGUCAUCACCAAACAGUACGGUGUCGUCUUUUCAGAUGGAUUUUUGUAUUGGAAACAGUAGAAGCAACAAGAGGGAUAUGAAAAUGGUCGAAACUCACCAUCAAAAUGAGCGAGCGAGUUCAAGAGUGAGCGACGAUGAUGAGAACGGGCUAACUCGGAAGAAACUCAGACUCUCUAAAGAACAAUCAGCUUUUCUUGAAGAAAGCUUCAAAGAACACAACACUCUUAAUCCCAAACAAAAGCUUACUUUAGCAAGACAGUUGAAUCUUCGUCCUCGCCAAGUAGAAGUUUGGUUUCAGAACAGAAGAGCAAGGACAAAGCUGAAGCAGACGGAGGUAGAUUGUGAGUAUUUAAAGAGAUGUUGUGAAGCAUUGACAGAAGAAAACAAGAGAUUACAAAAAGAGCUUCAAGAAUUGAGAGCUUUAAAGUCUUCUCAACCUUUUUACAUGCAACUUCCGGCCACCACUCUCACAAUGUGCCCUUCUUGUGAGCGAGUAGUCUCCGCGACAACCGCCACCACUGUCACUGCCACUGCAGCUGUGGCUGCUUCCACCAAUGGCAAGGAUAACUCUGUCGCCUUACAAUUAGGUAAUAACCCUGCUAGGUUAAACCCAUUUUCUCAAGCUCAGCAAUCAGCUACAUGAAAUCAAUGUUGAAAAUUUUAAAAAUAUAUUUAUAUAUGUAAGGCUAAAAAGGUUUAUAUAUUAUGUCUACAAUCCUUUUUCCAUUUGUAAAUUUUUUCGCUUGAAGAUUUUCUAUAUUUU